GUCCCUGUCGCCGGUCAGGAUGGCAUUAGCCCUGUGUCUGCAGGUGCUGGGCAGCCUGGGGGGCUGGCUCUCCCUCUACAUUUCUUGCUGCCACGUGAAUAAGCACCGAAGCUAUGAGUGGAGCUGCCGGCUGGUCACACUCGCCCACGGAGUCCUCGCUAUAGGCCUCUCAGCGUACAUUGGCUUCAUUGACGGCCCUUGGCCUUUCACCUACCCAGGCUCACCCAAUACCCCUCUGCAGGUGCACGUCCUGUGUCUCACCUUGGGCUACUUCAUCUUCGACUUGGGCUGGUGCAUCUAUUUCCAGUCCGAGGGUGCCCUGGUGCUGGCACACCACACCCUGAGCAUCCUGGGCAUCGCCACGGCCCUGGUGCUGGGAGAGUCGGGCACAGAGGUCAACGCAGUCCUCUUUGGAAGUGAGGUUACCAACCCCUUGCUGCAGCUGCGCUGGUUUCUCCGCGAAACAGGGCACUACCACAGCUUCGCUGGCGACGUGGCGGACUUCCUCUUCGUGGCCCUGUUCACGGGAGUGAGGAUUGGCUUAGGAGCUCGACUCCUUUUCUGCGAAAUGGCCUCACCCAAGCCCAGGUGGUUCAUGAAGGCUGGGGGGGUAGCCAUGUAUGCUGUGUCGUGGUGCUUCAUGUUAAGCAUCUGGCGCUUUGCCUGGAGGAAAAGCAUCAAGAAGUACCAUGCCUGGAGAAGCAGGUGGGGCGAGGAGCCGCAACGGAAACAUAAUGGGCACCUCAGGGCGCACUAGCCGACCUUACCGGCCUGAUGGAUCGGGCUGUUAGCCGAGGGACCCAGGUUGGACGUACGGCUGUCACGGAGUCACGCUUGUCUAACAAACGCAGGUUUCAGAAAAAGGGCUCCGCUUAUCCAUCAGCGUCCACGUGGAGCACAGGCCAGUAUAAAGCCUGACUCCUGCGUGUGCCGUGGAGAGGGCAGGCUAGUGAGUUUGAAUGAACCCGGACCGCAUUCCUUCCUGUUUGUGCUGACUGUGGUCCCGCGGGUCCUGGGCAGCUGGAUGUUCCUUCAUAGCUCAGAGAGGAACCCGGAGAAGAGGGGCGCUACUUCGUCCUUAUGUCUUCGAGGAGUGACUGUUUCAACAAACACUACCGUUUUCCGUGUAGCAAUUUAAACGAAUCCCGCCAUUUACUACAAAGGGGGUGCCUGUUAGGGAGACUCAUGCCUUUGGCAUUCUGAGCAUUGGAUCAGAGAACGGCAUCUGCUUACUAACCGAAGGGGAAGUGCGGUGAGGGGCGGAACUGUGGCUGUGGGGUGGGUUACUGGUUUAGCCUCCCUGUACCAACUAGGUUGGGGUCCCCAAGGCUACCUUUGGGUUUGAUAUUUGGUGAGAGGACCCAGCAUGUAGCUGUCCUCAUAGUUCUGAUUUAGCUGAGCGCAGAGGUACAAAGAAAGAGCAACAAGAGGAGAAGGUGCCCAGGGCAGAUCCAGGGCGAGCCCAGGCCCAAACGUCCGAGUCCUUGCCCAGUGGCAGCACACGGGCUAUGCCGAUUCCUCCAGCCAUGGUUUGUGACAGUGUGUGACCUGUCUGCCAAGGAAGCCCACGCGAGACUCAGGUUUCCUUGGGGCUGGCCACGGAGGCAGCCUUUGGCUGGCACGCAGCAAAGUUCCUGACGGCCAGGAGGGAAGUCGGUGCUCAGCAUAAACCGUGUUGUUUGCACAGUGAGCCAGUCUGAUUGGUUCAUGGAGCUCUUCCCAAAUCCGUGUUCCCAGAUGCCAGCCAAGGGCCAGCCUUCCGAAGGACAGCAGCUCCGGCCUUCUGUGUUCACUCUUCUGCUCAAAAUCCCCAGAGCUGGGGCUUGGGUGAGAGGUGGAGGAGGUGUGGGCAUGCUUACCCAGUCCUGCUGUCUGGGUUCUGCUCCACCAGGGAAAAUGCCCCUGGUCAGGGUUGUGCAUUGAAGUCCUGGGCAUGAGCAACUGUGAUGAUUGCACAGGAUUUCCCAUGUGGACUCCACUGGACUUGAGGGAGACGGAGUUCCGUCUGCAGGUCUGCUGUGCUUAAUGCGAACUAGAACCAAAGACCAAAGCGCGUAGUGGCCUCAGGGCGGCAAGUCUAAGUUUUCAUUUCGGAUACAUCCCCUUUCGGUCCUCUUACUAUUUUUCCUCUUCUCUGGAAGAGGUACCGCCAUCCGUGGACAACAUAUUAUGACAAGGCCAGUCUAGGAAGGAACAACAACAAAAUUAGUGCGAUAGUCUUUAAUUUCACCCAGGAAAAGCAAGAAUGUAAACUUAGAAGGAGAAGUUUGGAAUCAAGAAUGCCUGUGUUCUUUACAGAAUGUGGCUCCUCCCUGGCCAACUCAUUGGGGCAGGUCACUGAUUUAUUCUUUGCCUCUGUGCAAAUCCUGCUGUGAAUGAAUGAAAUGCCCCAUUGUGCAUGUCAUAGAGACAUUAUGUAGCAUUUCUUUAAUGCAGGGCUUUUAUGGGGGAAAAAGGCAUUAUUUAUUUAUAUCUUUGCUAUUUGUUUAUUUGUUUGUUAUUUAGAUCAGUGGUGAUGGAUUAGCUGUUGGUGAGAAAGUGUAUAGGGCUAGUGAAGUCAAGGCUGACGGUCAGUGGGAAGUUUCAGCUCAUCCGAGGUCACUGAUCAUAAUAACCUCAUGAGGCUCUUGAAAAUGCAUGUCACUGGCCACACCGGGCAGAGUGCUUGGACCCACAUACAGUCAUCUCUGCUCCAUGGAAAGCAGCUUUAAAGGCUUGUUCACAGUGCAUCUUUUAACAUGGUUGUCAUUUGGUUAGCGUUUUGCUGGACAUGGAAACAAUCUGACAGUGAUACCUCUAUCUCUUUCUUUUCUCUGGGAUCACAAUCCCUAAAAUGUUGGCCAGUUUCUUUCUAACAAAAUUAUGGUCAAAGUCGAGUGCUGGGAGUGCUGACUUCAGCAAAAGCCUAGCAGCAAGUGGCAGGGAGCAGGAGCUUUCGGAAGAAAAGAAGCUGGCUCUUCAGGUGUGGCCCCGCAACCUGCUCCAGACCAGACACAGCAGGCUGCAUCUGCUGCCAGUUCCUUCCCCCUCACUCCCCAGAAGUGAAGGGAUGGGGAUUGCAGAUCUUGCUGCUUUGGGGUACUCUCCUGUGAAUGUAUGUAGGUCUUUGAAAUUUGAGAAACCUAAAGAAUGAUAAGGGAAAGAGAAUCCCUCAUCUCAGCUUAUCUUGUUGUUGUAACUAAUAAAUGUGAAGGAAACCGAGAGAAAAGUGUGAAAUGAAGAUGACCACUUAAGAUGCUGAGGACACGAAGGGCUAUUAACAUGUGGCAUGGUUGGGUGUAAUGAAGUGCUCAUUUGCAUUUGGAUUACUGUGUGAUAAUUAGCACUGCUCAAGAGGGCUUACAUUUCAACACGAUUUGUACUGUUUUACAAAAAUAAACCACU